AGGGACAGGGGGGGGAGGGGCGAGGGAGAGAGGCAGACAGGCAGCAGUAGACAGAUGGAGCCGUGUUUGUUUUCAAGUGACCGGCCGCUGCUGCUCAGUAAGUAUACAGCCACUGCGGCUCACAACGGGACCCUGUCAACGGACCCUCUCCCACCGCCUCCUCCUCAUCCUCGCUGCUCGCUGACGUGUGCUGUGGGAGACAGACUGAAGACUCCCUGGGCUCCGCUUCUAUGAGGAGGACAUUUCUUGCUCUGGACUAUUAUUAGACACCUGCAAGUCGUAGGUGGACUCGAUGCAGCAGGCGGGAGACUUCAAUAUAAGUAAAAAAAAAAAAACAGCCCCGUCGGGUCUCGGUACUGGCCGAGUCUGUCUGGAUCGAUAUGUUCUGCGGUUGUGCUACUUGAGGCCUGCGGGUCUUGUCUGGAGGAUGUGAGACUCUAGACAAGGUAUAACACCCCUCUCCCCCCCCCCACCCCAACCCACCACCGCCAGCUGGUGCAUUAGAGCCAACAGAGACUGGUCCAGGGGUGGGGGGGCGUGCAGAAGAGCAGUACAGGUGGUGAGGGGAAUGGGCCCGGCUUGGAUGCAGGAGAAGAGCGACCGGCAGCCAGAGGAGAGGCCAGGAGAGAUGGAGAGCUACCGCAGCCUGCUGCAGGCCGGCUCCCAGCUUCAGGACACUCUGCAGCAGGUCACUGUUCCUGUGCAGCUUACGGAGGUGGUCGGCUACAUCGAGAAACAGGUUGCAUACUUGUCAGGGGGUCGUGGGGAAGACUCCAGCGUCAUUAUAACCCUCCCAGAAUGCUCUGCGUUUAGCGACAUCCCAGAGGAGUCUCUGGCCAAAGUCCUGACCUACCUCACUCUCAUACCUCGAACAAGGCAGCCAGGAGUAAAGUUUAUCAUCAUUUUAGACCGAAGACUGGACACUUGGGGAUCAAUCAAAACUGCUCUUGGCAGAAUAGCGGCUUCCUUCCCUGGCAACCUCCACCUGGUGCUGGUGCUGCGCCCCACCAGCUUCUUCCAGCGCACCGUCACCGACCUGGGCUUCCGCUUCAGCCAGGAGGAUUUCAUGCUGAAGAUGCCAGUAGUGAUGCUGAGCUCGGUCACAGACUUGCUACGCUACAUCGAUGAGAACCAACUGACCUCUGAGUUUGGUGGCACGUUAGACUAUUGCCAUAGCGAUUGGAUCGUCCUACGAACGGCGAUAGAAAGCUUUGCAGUGACAGUGAAGGACAUCGCCCAGAUGUUGCAGUCCUUCGGAACCGAUCUGGCCGAGACGGAGCUCACGGAUGAGGGAGGGGCGAUUGAAUGCCUCCUGAAGGCUCACACCGACAAGUACAGGAACCUCAAGGAGGCCAUCAGGUCAGUGUCCAAGGAAGGCCGCCACCUUCUGUCCAUUCUGGAGAGCUCUGGGAACGAGGAGGACUGCCACUGGGACGUGAGACUGGACUGGGACACAGUGCAGAGGCAAGGGUUCAGGCUCCUCUCCCAGCUCCGGGACAUGGAGUCCGCCUUCGACGGCUUCUUUGAGAAGCACCACCUCAAGCUGCUGCAGUGCAUCCAGCUGCUCAGAUAUGAGAAGAGCUUUCAAGAGAUGGAGAAGAGUCUGCAGGGCCUGACGUCUCAGGAGAAGGAGCUGUCUUCAUCAGCGGAGACGCUGGCUCAGGCAGAGCAGGCUCUCAAAGAGCUGGAGAGUCUGGAUUCACAGGCCCAGGAGGUGAUGGGCGGCGCCCAGAUCGUCAUCCUGCACGGCCACCAGCUGGCGGCCAGCCACCACUACGCCCUGGCGCUCAUCGUGCAGCGCUGCAACGAGCUGCGCCACCACUGUGACACACUAAGCUCCGCCCUCAAGGCCAAGCAGACACGCCUCCUCUGCACACACCAGCUGCUGCUGAGCUUCGGCCAGGCCCAGACGUGGUGUGACGACGGGGCCUACCUGCUGGCCAACCAGCUGGUGGAGCGCUUCCAGUCCAAGGAAGGGGCGCUGGCCGCUCUGAGGGACAUCGAGAGGUUCCUGGAGGGGGCCCCGUCCAUGCUGAGCUCGGGGCCCGAGGCCCUGCUGCAGGAGUACGAGGCGGUCCUCACGCCACAGCUGCAGAGUCAGAUGCUGAAGACGUUUGAGAAGCACGGGACGGUGCAGCUCAUGAUCCAGAACCGCCAGGCCUGCCUGAGGAAGCUGGCGGACAAACACGUCCGGCCGGUGCAGCUGGUGGUGCCCAGGCCCGACAACAACGCGCCCCGCUGCAAGUCCCCCCUGUUCUCCCCCAAGCACGGCGAUGGCUUGAAGUUCACUUUUGACCUGUCUCUGCCCGGAAAGAAAACGUCACGGAAAACCUCCAGCAGUAGAAAGAUUGAGGUGAUGCACGACUACCAGGAGAACCGGAGCUGUGUGUCCUACACUCUGGACGGAGAGGAGAGCCCCGACCUGCUGAAGCGCCAUGUGCUGAGGGAACUGAUUGAGACGGAGAGGGUCUAUGUGGAGGAACUCCUAUCAGUCCUACUGGGUUACCGGGCAGAAAUGGACAAUCCCUCCCUGUGGGAUCUCUUGCCCCCAAUCCUACGCAGCAAGAGAGACAUCCUGUUUGGCAACAUGCCAGAGAUAUACAAUUUCCACAGCAGGGUGUUCCUUCAGGACCUGGAGGGUUGCAUAGACACCCCUGAGAGGGUAGGAGCCUGCUUCCUGGAGCAGAAAGAAAACUUCCAGAUGUAUGAGUGUUUCUGUCAGAAUAAGCUGCGUUCUGAGGCACUAUGGCGGCAGUUCUCAGACUGUGCCUUCUUCCAGGAGUGUCAAAAGAAACUGGAGCACAAACUUGGCUUGGACUCGUAUCUGUUGAAGCCCGUCCAACGCAUUACCAAAUACCAGCUGCUACUAAAGGAGUUAUUAAAGUGCAGUACAGGCAGUGAGGAUACGUCUGAACUGCAGGGGGCGCUAGCAGCCAUGCUGGAGCUGCUUAAGUCAGUGAACGACUCCAUGCACCAGAUAGCCAUCACAGGCUACGAGGGGGAGCUGUGUGAGCUGGGCCGCGUGCUGAUGCAGGGCUCCUUUAGCGUGUGGAUCAGCCACAAGAAGGGGCCCACGCGCAUGAAGGAGCUGGCUCGCUUCAAGCCCAUGCAGCGGCACCUCUUCCUGUACGAGAGGGCCCUGCUGUUCUGCAAGCGCCGCGAGGAGCACGGCGAGGGCUGCGACAAGACGCCCUCCUACAGCUUCAAGCACUGCCUCAAGAUGUCUGCGGUGGGAAUAACGGAGAACGUCAAGGGAGACGUGAAGAAGUUUGAGAUCUGGUACAGCGGCAGGGAGGAGGUGUACGUUAUUCAGGCCCCCACCGUGGAGGUGAAGAUGACCUGGCUGAACGAGCUGAGGAGAAUCCUCACCAGCCAACAGAAGCUGCUCAAAGAUGAAGCGUAUCAACACAGCCAGCUGGUAGAGCACGUUCCUCUCUCCCCGCUCCACCACGAGAGCAAACAGCAGAGGGCAUCAGUGAGCUCGGAGGACACCGAGUCGGGGCGGAGCAGUCCUGACCCACAGCCCCACUCCCCUCAGCCGCAGCAUAACCGCCGGAGUUGGCCUGGCGCGCCCCACUCAGUAGUCAUCUGUGAGGGUCUGGAGGAAUGGUCUGGGGGCCAGGACCACACCCACCCGUCGGACACAGACGAUGAGGUCAUCGCCCUGUCUCCCGGCAGAUACAGGGCUCUGGACGACUGUCUGAGGAACGGAGCCGACAACGUGUCCAUCAAGUGUGGCGACGUCAUUCACCUGCAGCAUGUUGACAGCCAAGGCCUGUGGCUGGUUAAGAACCUGAGCCGACGUCAGGAGGGCGUGGUCCCUUCGUCCAGCCUCCAGCUGAUUCUGGGACACAGCAAUCGAGGUCACUCCUCCAGACCUGGAGACCCAGGGAAUCUGAAGGUCAGGAAGCUCAGCUCUCCAUAAAAGCAGAAAAGAAAAGCACAGAAUAAACCUGCGGUGAUAUUGAUCUUAUGGACACAUGCCGGACAGACUGAACCACAGAUGUCUGGUAAAUCAAUAUCGACUAACUUUUCUCCUCCCGACUUUGGCUGAUGACUGUACCCAGGUCGCUUCCAUCAUUAAAGAGAAUACCCAAGGACUCUGUAUGGAUUAAAAAAACACGUUCAAGUAGAUACUUUUUUUAAUAAUCCUUUUUCCUUUGAGGACCCUUUUGAAUGUUGAAUGUUCACCAUAUUUUGGACAGAAAGUGAAAAACCGGGGCGUCAGCACAAAUGCAACAGGACUUUAAUCGCCUUUUGAAGAAUAAGCCCCUUUUCUGGAUGCUCCCGUUUUCGGUCUGGAAAAACACUUUGAGACGGUUUAGAUUAACGGACACUGUAGACCCCCGGGGCCACUGUGGCCGAACUGUGACCCCCUUUCUUCGUUAGGACUGGACAACAAUCCAAUCAAAAAUAACUUCCAACAAAUAAAUUAAUUUGUGUGUCAUUGCUUGUGUUGAGCAUGCCACGGCGUCUAUCAAGUGGAUACAAACAGGCUUUGUGUCAAAGUGUUUCUUUUAAAAAAAGAAAGUCAUUUUUAACAUGAACUUUUGUUUUUUAAUAACAUGUCUUUGAUUUCUUACAUUUUUCAUUUUUUUUUCUCUCAAGGCACUUUCUACCACGCUCCCUAAGAGUUAGAUUGCCAAACUGUGCCGUGCCAUAAUGCCUCUUUUUAAAUCACCGCUUGUGUGAAGUCUCUGUCUCUGUCUCUGUCUCUCUUUCUCUCUGUCUAUCUCCUUUCUGCUCUCUCAUUUCUCCUCUCUCUGUCUCUCCGUCUCACUCACACUCUCUCUUCCUCUUUCUCUUGCUCCUCCUGUUUCAACUUGACCUUGCACAUAUUCAACAAGGCACUUUAAACAAAGGUACGAAACAAAAGGAGCACAUGUGUGCGUGAGUGUGUGUCGAAUGAUGACCCUGUUCCCCGCGUGGCUUCAGGAAGCACAGAGCUGUAUAUCCCUCCCCAGUGUCCUUCUCGUUGAUGCUGUCAUUUCUGUCAUGUCCCCUGCCUGGGAUGCAUAAUGUUUCAUUACUGGAAGACAGGUGAGACGCACUGGUGGCACUUGACGGGCCGCUGGUGACAGCCUCAGACGAAUCAUAGGAGGAGGAUGAUGAAGACGGACAGGAAAGCGAUUCCACGGCGCGGUGGAGUGUGUGUUUAAGCGUGUGCACACGUGUUACGUUAGAGAUAGGGGCGGAUCCCAGCACAGGGAAACACACACACUGUCAUCCUCCCCUGGAUUGCAUGUGGUCCCUGUUGGCUUCUCCUGCCUGUCAGUCCCGACUACACAGGGGAGAAGAGGUAGAAUUCGAGCAGAGAGAGCGAGCGAAAGAGGGCGGGGUAGUGGUGAGUAUAAUGCUGUCAGUGUGUAAGCUCUCUAUGGAUUGUUUACUCUUCCCCCAUUACAGCACAUUUAAACCUGGAUGCCCAUUAAACAACGGGAUCGUACUGCAAAUACCAAAUGCACCACACUGAGUCUUGCGCUUAAUUAAAUAUUGAUUGCAGACUUGUAUGAAUUUACCACAUCCAAUUGGGCCCCCAGUCGGGGGGGCCCGCCUUUGAUAUGCAACGUUUGAUGUGGAAAUGAGCCAGGAAGCCGGCGAUGGGGGACGCAUUGUGCUACACCCUGUGUUGUUUCAUUAUAUAUUUCGCUGUCACUGUGUUUCUGCACAGUGUGGGGCAUCCAUGUAGUGUGUCUCAAUGCAACCCCGUCUCUCUCUGUAAGGUAAUGAAGGCAAGAGGCUCAACCCUCUUCUCCCCCCGCCCCCCCCCACACCUCCCAAGCUUUUUCAUUUCUUGUUCGGUGCCGAGGGGGGGGCUGGGGGAGUCCUCACAGGACAGGUUUUUGUCAGAACUAAUAUCAAUCCAAAAAUGCUGCAGACUUUGCACUUAUUUCCGCAUAUUGGAAACUGAAUAUUUGCUUGAAUUAUUGUGUGUGUGUGUGUGUGUGUGUGUGCGUGUGUGCUCCAUGACAAGCCUAGUGUUUGCUUGUUGCUGCUGAACCUUUCUGUUUAAACCGCAUGGCAGCUGUAGAACAGAGCAGUAUUGUCAAUUCAUCCAGUCCUCCUUGACUGGUGAUCUUAUGAUUAGCUCCCAUAUUGUACAAACGUUUAACUAUUUAUUCACAUCGCUAUGGUUUGUUUUCAUGAUGUAAAAACAUGCCACCCUGAACAGAAAGGAAAGUAUUUAUUAAAAAAGCUGUGCCGUUUUUAUUUUCAU